UAUCAAGAAAAUUACAUUUGCAUUUAAUAAUUUUCUUGAAAAAUGGUGCCUGGAAAGCUUAAAAGGAAGGUAAUUGAAGAGAAAAGUGCUUCAGAUGAUAAAGAAAUUGAAAAGAAGCCCGAGGAAUCUGAAGAAGAUGAGGAUUAUGGCUCAGAUGAGGAUCUUUUAGUCGAAAUUAAUAAUGAGGAACAAGAACAGGAUGGAAGUGAUGAUAAUAGCGACGCAGAAAGUGACAAUUCUGAUGAUAUUUUAAGUUUUGAAAGUUUCGAUAGCGAACAAGAAGGAAGUGAGAAUUUACAGGAAGUAAGUUCAGAAAUCGAUGCGGAACAGACAUCAUCAGAUGAGUAUGAAGAGCAAGAGGAAUUUAUUGACAAAGAAAAGGCAAAAUUGGAAGAACAAAAGCGAUUAACUGAAUUAAAGGCAUUUCGUAAAAAGGAAAGAGUCGAACAGAAAAAAGCUAGUGAAUUAAUUAAGGAACAAUUAAGACAACCAAACGAUGAGACCUUAAUAAGUGCAAAAACUGAUCGUCCAACAACAUCCAAUGAUACUGAUGAAAAUGGCAAGAAAUUCAUAGAAUAUGAAGACGAUGGAGAUACUUCUGACGAAGAAGACAUAAGAAAUACAGUUGGCAACAUCCCAUUACAUUGGUAUGACGAUUAUAAGCAUAUUGGAUAUGAUUGGGAAGGCAAAAAAAUUAUUAAACCUCCAGUUCAAGAUCAACUUGAUACAUUCUUGAAGAAAAUGGAAGAUCCAGACUUUUGGAGAACUGUAAAAGAUCCACAAACUGGACAGGAUGUUGUUUUAACAGAUGAAGAUAUUCAAAUUAUUAAACAAAUUAAGAAUCAAAAGAAUCCAAAUGUGAAUUUUGAUUCUUAUGAGCCUUGGAUUGAAUGGUUUACUUCAGAAGUUGAGAAAAUGCCAAUUAGAAGCAUCCCAGACAGCAAACAAUCGUUUUUACCAUCAAAAACUGAACGUAAGCAAGUUGGACGAAUUGUUCAUUCAUUAAAAAUGGGCUGGAAAAAGACAAAAGCCGAACAGGAUAAAAUAGAAGCUGAGAAAAAGAUACCAAAAUUCUUUAUGCUUUGGGAUUCAGAUACAGGACGUGAUAAAAUGCGUCGUAUUCAUGAUCAUGUUACAGCACCAAAAAGAGCUUUGCCUGGACAUGCUGAAUCUUAUAAUCCACCACCGGAAUAUCUCUUUAAUGACAAAGAAAAGCAAGAAUGGGAAGAUUUAAAGGAUGAACCAUAUAAACGAAAGCUUCAUUAUGUCCCACAAAAAUACAAGAGUUUGCGUCAUGUUCCAUAUUAUCAAAAUUAUAUUCGUGAAAGAUUUAUUCGUUGCUUAGAUCUUUACUUGUGUCCAAGAGCUAAACGUAUGAAGGCUACAGUCCAACCUGAAGAUUUGAUCCCAAAAUUGCCCUCAUCAAAAGAUCUUCAGCCAUUCCCAACGACUCAAAGUAUGGUUUACACUGGACAUACAGAUAUAGUAAGAACAAUGAGUAUGGAACCAAUGGGACAAUAUUUUGUCUCUGGAUCAGACGAUCAUACAAUUAAGAUUUGGGAAGUUGCAACUGGACGUUGCAUUAAAACAAUUAAUACAAAAGGAGUUGUUCGUUCGGUUGCUUGGUGUCCAAAUCCAAAGAUUUCUCUUAUUGCUGUUGCAUCUGACAAACGAUGCUUACUUAUUAAUCCUCAUGUUGGUGACAUUAAAUUGAUUGCAAAGAAAACUGAUGAUAUUUUAAGUGACGCACCAGUUAUUGAGGAAAUUGAGAAUGAAAGAAUCAAAACAGCCGUUCAAUGGAGCUCAGAAAUUGAUGCUAAUGACUAUAAAGAUGGUGUGAGAAUUAUAAUUAAUCAUUUCCAAGAAGUUUCACAAGUAACAUGGCAUGGAAAAGGCGAUUAUUUCGCUACAGUUAUGCCAAAUGGUUUAAGUCGUGCAGUUCUUGUUCAUCAAUUGUCUAAGCGUCGCUCACAAACAUCAUUUUCAAAGUCUCAUGGAAUGGUUCAGUGUGUUCUGUUUCAUCCAAUCAAGCCAUGUCUUUUUGUUGCAUCACAACAGCACAUUAGAAUUUAUGAUUUAGUCAAGCAAGAAAUGAUUAAGAAAUUAUUACCAUCAUGUAAGUGGAUAGCUAAAAUUGCAAUCCAUCCAAAAGGUGACAAUUUGCUGGUAUCAACUUAUGACAAGAAAGUUAUGUGGUUUGACUUGGAUUUGUCAACAAAACCUUAUCAGACAUUAAAGUUACAUCAAUCUGCUGUUCGUGGUGUUGCAUACCAUUCAAGAUAUCCAAUGUUUGCUAGUGGAAGUGACGAUCGAGGUGUCAUUGUGUGUCAUGGAAUGGUCUACAAUGACUUGCUUCAGAAUGCAUUGAUUGUACCUUUGAAACGCUUAGAAUUUCACGAAAAAGUCAGCGAUUACGGAAUUUUUGAAGUCUUGUUCCACUCAACACAGCCUUGGCUGCUUUCUUCAGGCUCAGACUAUACUAUUCGAUUGUACACUUGAAUGUUAUUAUAUCUUAUAUUAUUUUUGCGUCAGCGAUGCAAAUUAUUUUUGAUGAAAUAAAAUUAAUCUAAGGAUUGUUCAGCUAUUCAA